GGGAACUCUAUAAAAGGACCACGUGUCAGAAAGGCAGCAGGAAUCGAAAUUCUGCAGAAUAACAGCAUGGUAACUUUAGGGGGAACGAAGCACAGUAGCAGGAGCAGUAGACAAGCGCUGGGGGUCUCUUGGAGGGGCCAGACAGAGAGAGAGAGAGACAGUAAAGGAAGACUGAUGAUGACAUUGAUGGCCAGUGGGUCUUAUUCCAGCCCCUUGUGAUCCCUUUAUCGAUUGAUGGACUGCAGAAUACAUCAUUAUCCCUCGUAUGAUUCUACGUCUGAGUCUGUUCGUACCGACGAAUCUGGAAAGGCCUUCCAUGAGAUUCAAAGACAACGAAGGUAUCCAGGAGACCAGGAUAGAUGCGACCGUGCGCCGUAGGUGCUUUAAGGCUCAGAAGUGCUAGAAAUUGGAUCGUGAAGUUAUGAAUGGAGUGAGAAAGCUCAGAAGUGCUAGAAAUUGGAUCGUGAAGUUAUGAAUGGAGUGAGAAAGCGGAGCCUGUUUCGGUCGAAUUUUCAGCAAGAGAUGGCAAUCCCGACCGUGGAGGAGCAUAGGUAUAGCAUGGCCUGAGAAGGGAAAUAUCGGCUGUGGUUGGGUUGGUGACUACUUUUUAAUAGAAAUAUGGCUGCUAUGGUGGCUUACAUGAGUGUGCCCGAUGCUUAUGGGGUUGUGGAACCAGGGGUUUAUCGAGCAAAAGCAGCAGCUGCGCCCAACUUGCCAUUUUUGUUGCACUUGCGUUUGCGCACUCUGCUUUACCUCUCCCCUGAUCCUCUCCUGCCAUCGUUCACCGCCUUUCUCGACAAAUGUGCUACCCGCUUUAUUCAUCUAGGAUUGAGGGUGUGGAAGCCGUACGCAACAUGGAAGCCCGUAAGCGAGGAGCUUAUAAAGGAUGCAUUGGAGAUCGUUUUGGAUGUGAAUACCCAUCCGAUUAUGGUCAUGUGCUCGUCAGGAAUACAUCAAACAGGAACAGUGGUUGGGUGCCUUCGACGUUUGCAAAAAUGGAACUUGACCUCCCUUUUGGAGGAGUAUAGGCGCUAUGCUGGAAGUAAAGCACGAUAUGCUAAUGAGCAGUUUAUGGAGCUAUUCGACGAAGAUCUUGUUACAUUACCCAAAGAUCUUCCAGCAUGGUUCAUCGAUCAACGUAGAAUGAUGGAAGAAGAAGAGGCAGACUUCCGACGAUCACAAGAGUCUGCGGUACAACAGAUAAAUGGUGGAUCCAGCUCCCCUCUUACCUGGCUAGAGGCUUCACCUCUCGGAAACGGUUCCUCGAAUGGACACGUUUCUGGCAACGCACAACGAACAGAUGAGGAAAAUGGUGAGGACACGUCAAAGCCCUUGGCAACAGUAAAAACACCAACAGAUGUUGUAAACUAUAGGAAGUUUUACUAUCUGAGGAGUAGCCCACUUACGACGGAAGAUCGAUCAUACAAACGUAAAAUUAUUGGCAAAGUUGAGUAAGCCCUCUAGUUUGAAAAUCCGGCAUGAAGAAUAUCAUGCAAGAGCGGCCAGAUUAUGAGCGUCUAUACGAGGAGAAACCGAGAUAUUGGUGUAAGUACCUCAUCCGUAUGUACAGUCUAGCCAAGCUGUCGGUUCGUAAAAAUUUCUGCGCAAGCUUACGAGCAUUAGCGACGACUGCAAAACUCCGUAGGACAGAAUAUUUCUUAUCGCAAUACUCAAGAAGGAAUCAGCAUCUUGCUGAUAUUUAUCUGAGCUGAUGGUUCACCAAAUUAUACGCAAGCCUACGAGCUGAAGUAACGAUUACAGAGUAUUCCGUUGUCUAGAAUACUGCUUACCACCGAUACUCAAGGAGGAUCAGCAUUUUGCUGAUGUAGCGCUUGCCAUUAUCUUAUAGUUAAGAAGCCAAUUAAACGUUUUUGGUGUCUUCCUACGUCGUUGCCAAGAAUCAGUAGAUAAAGAUUUUUCAUUCAAGCAUACGGUGACAAAGUCUAAGUUUCGCUCUACCUACGAUGUAAAAGACUUCAAGAGAUAUUAGCUUCUUUGUCGACGUCGAUGACGUCCAAGUUUUACAUCUUCUUGUACAAGUGACCAUUGUACUACCAUAACUUUGAGGGCAAUCAUCGUUCAAUAUUGGGUCUUUAAGCCAUUGUUGACACACGCCUGUUAAAUUUUUUUUGGAAUCGAUUAAACAAUGUGCCG